AUGCCGCCGCUCUGCGCCGCCGAGACGGCGCUCAACAGCUCGACGGGCGCCAUCACCGACGGCGCGCCCGAGGGCGGCGUCUACAGCGGGUCCAGCAGCUGCCAGUGGACGGUCGAGUCGCCGGAGAAGCCCUACAUCUAUUUGGGCUUUUCGAGGUUUGACACAGAGCCGAUGUACGACACCCUCACUGUUGAGGACAUGGAUGGCAUCAUCGGUAUAUUCUCUGGCCAGGCGCUGCCCCCCAACGUCUCGACAGAUACCGGCCUCAUGCGCCUCACAUUCACCACCGACGGCUCAAUCCAACGGUCCGGCUGGGCAGGCAGCUUCUCCGCAGCUUCCACCGUCCAGGUCUCCCACCCGACGUGCGGGCCGGGCAGCCGCCUCGUGCAGGCGGUCAUGCGGACGAGGGCCGCCGCGGGGGAGGCGUCGUGGGUGGUUUCCCGGUCGACGGUGGUGUCCGUCGUGUCAGCGGCGCUGGCGGUGGCGCUGCAGCAGAAGACGGUCGUCAUGGCCGGCGGCCUGCUGCCCGGCGGCGCGGCGUCCUCGCUGUCGGCAGCUGCGCAGGAAGCUUCCCAGGGCGAGUACAAGGAGUUCCGGUCCUAUUACUCGUACGCGUGCCUGGCCACCGGCCGGUAUGACGUCACCAUGUACGACUCGUACGGCGACGGCUGGGGCGGCGCGCGGCUGACGCUGGCGGCGCUGAACGUCGACCCAAGCGGCGCAGCGGUGGCGUGUGACCUGGUGUCUGGCACGGUGGAGAAGGCGACGCAAACGCAGACGUUUGAUCUGCAGGCCGCAUCGCCGGGGGAGGCCUGCGCCGCUGUGGCUGCGGGCGCUGAUUACUACGUUCAAGCCCAGCUGGCGAUCACGGACCCUGACCCCAGCACGAGCAGCUACAGCCUGACUAAGCAGAAGCGCCUGAAGGACUCGCUUGCGCUCUUGCUGGAGGUCGACACGAGCCAGGUCGGGAUUCUCAGCUGGCAAGCCGCCCCCGCGGCGUCCCACCGCCGCCGCCUGCAAGCUGCUGGUGGCACCAAGGCUCUCAUUUCCCAAAUCGCGGACGCCGCUGAGCGAGCUGGACACGGCCGGCGCGGCGCGGGCGGCGGUGGGGCGGCGUCGGUCGAGCGGCUGAUAGCACGUGAGCGCGCCGCGGCCUGGGGCGGCGGCGCCCAGCCUGAGGCCGGCGCGGGGCCAGCCGCUGCGGGCGGCAAUCAGCUGCUUGCCCUGCUGCCAGCGAUGCGCUCGAUUGCAUCCAUUGCGGCGGACGGCGCGUUCGAGGCGCCUGGGCGCCUGCCGCGUCGCGAUGGCGCGGCCCGGGCCGCCCAGGGAGGCGGCCAGCGGGAUGCUUCGGGGCGGCAGCUGCAGCAGCAGCAGCAGCAGCAGCAGCAGCAGCAGCAGCAGCAGCAGCAAAGGCGCCUGAGCAUGUUGGUCGUGGCCGGCGACGGCUCUCUGUACCCCAUCGACGCGAACGCCAGUGCUAGCAGCCCCGCCGGCGCGGCGGCGGCGGCCGCCGCUCUUGCGGCGUUUGGCGCGCCGGAGCCGCCGGGCAGCGGCGCCGCGGCGCCUGAGGAGGCGGCCGUUGAGGUGGCUGGCGCGUCCGAUUCUGUCGCGCCGCCGCUGCCGCGGCCGCCGCCGCCGCAGCAGCAGCAGCAGCCGGGCGGCACGUCGAGGAGCAACCAGACGGCCGGCGCGGCGCAGUCCGCCCCGAGAGCCGGCGCACAAGUCGCCAUGGCGCCGCUCGGCUUCAAAUCAGGGAAGCUCCGACCGGGGGCGCCGCCACCAACCGCCGCUGCGGCCGUCGGCGCGCCGGCGUGGCGCGCGGGCGCGUUUGGGCCCGCCGCGCUGACUGUGCGGGGCUUCAAUGAGUCGCAGGCUGCGGAGGUCGUGCAGCCAAGGUUAGCCAGGGCGCGCAUCAUGUAUGUGGACGCAGACGGGAAUAUAAUUGGCGGCGACGGCGGCGGCAGCGGCGGCGGGCAGACGCUGCCAGACCGUGUGACACAGGCCGGUGAUCGGGGGGCGCCGCCGCAGGGCGGGGAGCAGGUGCUGGCAUUUGAGUCGGUCAGCGGUGGCCGCUCCCUGCUGGGUUGGGCCGGGCCCGCCGCCGGCGCCGCUGACGAUAUCAGCACCGGCGGCAACGGCGCAAGGGGCGCGGCGGAGAGCAGGGGAGCGCCCGGCAUCGAUGCGGCUUUCAAGAAUCUGCUCGGGCCGAGGGCCAUUAUCGUGGGACCCCACAGAGAUAAGGACGACGGCACUCAGUCUCAGUAUGUGGAAGAAGGCGGUGACCAGAUUCCGGCGCAGGGGCCAAUGACGCCGCCUCCCCUGCGGCACCGCCGGCCGAAGGCGCAGCCCGGGGGCGACGCCGUGCCACGCCGUCGCGCGCUGCGGGCCGCGCGGGCGGCUUCCCAGCAGAUCCUCGUGACCGUUAAAGUCUCGGGGUUCCCGAACAGCACCGCCGCGGACGCCGCCAGUGCAGCUUUCAGGUCUGUCGUUUCGAACGGCAGCCUCGCUGCUGCGCUCUCGGACCAAGGCUGGCCGGGCGCCGGCGUGUCUCUGGUUUCAAUAGAGACCGGCGGGUCCGGCGGGGGCGCCGGCGGCGUCCUCCGCGGCCUCGCGGCGCUGUCGCCGCUGAAGCGCGCGAUCGUGAUCGCCUGCCUCGCGUUCAGCGCGCUGCUGCUCGUCGCCGCCGCGGUCGGCGCGGCCGUUGUCUGCUGCAUGCGGCGCGCGGCGACGGCGACCGCGCGGCUGCGCGCCGCGUCGGCGGCAGCGGGCGGCGGCGCGCGCGGCGGCGGAAUCGCGUUCAUGCAGCCGCGGUCGCGGAGCGCCUACGAGUCAGGGGCGGGCAGGUACACAUCCGAGCCCGCCACCGCCUUCCCGGUAUCCUUCCUGUUCAGCGGCGCGGCCGUGGGGGGCGGCGCCGGCGGGUACUCCCAAAUCGGAUCGACGCCUCAGUCGCCCGCUUACCCGAGGUUGGGCGGCGGCGCCUUCCAGCACGCGGCGCGCGCGUCUGCGCCGCCGGGGAUGAUGUACCCUCCUGGGAUGGGGCAGCAGCAGCAGCAGCAGCUGCAGCAGCGGCAUGGCGCGCAGUCGCCCGCGCCUUUCAGCGCGUCCGAGCCGCAGCCGUGGGCGGCGCACGCUGCUGGCGGUGGCGACGCGCCCUCCGCGCCGCCGAUGCAGCAGCUCGCGAGCGCCAGCAGCAGUCCGCGCGCCGGGGGCAGCGCCAGCUCCGGCGGCGGCGCGGGGGCGUCCGGGAACCUGCCUGGGUGGCCGAUAGAGGGCAGCAACGCGUUUGCGACUGUGAGGGUCGUGGUCAGCGGCAACGGCGGCGGCAAGGGCACCUGA